AUGGGAGCAGGCAGCGGAGACGCCGACCGAGCAGCAGUUGACAAACGACAGUCGGCAGGGCUGCCGACCGCAGGGGAGAAGUCGGCUUGGACGCCGACUGUGGUGCAGCCGGACGCUGAGGGCAGCGACACAGGAGACGACGGAAGGGAGCCGUCGGGCGCCGCGGAAUCCACGGACAGCGAUGUCGUGGAAGUUCAGCCCGGGCCAUGGUGGACGGGCCGACUUCAGCGGCCGCCUGACUUCUUCAUCCACGCUGCCUUUACCACGGUGUACGACGUGGACGCUGACGACCUGGCGUACGACGACGCCGAGGAUGACGUCGACCUGCCGGAGCUCGACCCCGACAUGCACGCCGACCCCGAGCACCGCUGGGACAUUUCUACCAUGUCGGUGAAGGAGGCGCUGGCGAGCUGGAAGGGCCCGGCGGUGAAGGCCGCCAUGGAGGAGGAGAUCCGCAGCCUCAUCAAAAAGGGCACAUGGGAGCUCGUCGAACGUACGCCGGGGGUGAACAUCAUGAAGAACCGGUGGGUGCUGACGACGAAGUACCGCAUCGACGACACCGCCGAGCGCGAGAAGGCACGGCUGGUCGUGAAGGGCUUCACGCAGGUGUAUGGCGCCGACUACGACAAGACGUACGCGCCGGUGAGCAGCUACGUCACGCUGAGGAUCUUCCUCAGCAUCGUCGCCGUCCUCGACUUCAACCUGAUGCAGCUCGACAUGAAGAACACCUUCCUGCAGAGCAAGCUCGACCGCGUGCUGUACAUGUACCAGCCAGACUACUUCAACGACGGGACCGGCCGGGUCGACGAGGCCCUUUACUUCAAGGUCGGCGCCGCCAAAGUGACCUGCUGGGUGCUGGUCUACGUCGACGACCUGCUCACCGCCAGCAGUAUUGCCGAGAUGCUAAAGGAGCUGCUGGAGGCCGCCUUCGAGCUGCGGGAGAUCUCCCCAUUGCAGAAGUACCUCGGGCUGGAGAUCGUGCGCGACAGGCCAGCGAGGAAGCUGUGGCUGCACCAGCGGGGCUACGUCGACAAGCUGCGCAAGUGGUUCCUCGACGAGGAGCAGACCGGGCGCACCCCGAAGACGCCGGUCUCGGUCGACGCCUACGCCGAGCUCACCUUUGACGACGAGGAGGCACAGGAGCGCCAGGAGGAGGAGUACCGGCAGAAGGUCGGCUCGCUGCAAUUCGCGGCGACAACGACGAGGCCGGACAUCGCCUUCGCCUACAGCAAGCUGGGGAGCGGCCUCACAGUGAGGAGCGACCAGCACUGGCGUGAGGUCGACCGCUGCCUCGCCUACCUCGCCAACACCCUCGACACCGCCCUGGAGUUCGGCGUUGGACCUGAGAUGCUGGAGUUGAUCGGCUACGUGGACUCCGACGACGCCGGUGACAAGCAAAGCCGGACGAGCACGGGCGGCUAUGUGUUCGUCUACGGAGGGGCCGCGGUCUCCUGGUCGAGCCAGCGCAUCAAGUGCGCGACGCUGUCGUCGACCGAGUCGGAGUACGUGGCGGCCACCGAAGCUGGCAAGGAGUGA